AUGAACCACACCGAGAAUGUCAGAGGGAAGUCCAGCUGGUGGAGAAGGCACUUUCUCGACCAUCCACUAAGGUCGAUGAAGCACCCAUCAGCAUAUGCAAAUCCAGGUGCACCUACCUCUGACAAGUUCAAGGUCAUCUGUCGUGCCUGCUACACUUCCGCUCUUAAUCAGGCAAAGCGGACUGAUCCUCAUCUCAAUCAGUCGGCCUUUAACGAUCAACUAUGGAGUCAGUCAAAGGCAGAUGCAGAUUGUAUCUGGAUCUCCUCUGCAAAGCCAACAUUGAUAAAUCACCUCAUCCAUUGCAAGCAUGGGGUGCUGCCUGAGGUCAAAGAACAAGCAAUCACAGAGAAGACGAAGAAAGAUUCAGCCGCCAACAGAGGGGAGGAGGCUUACGAGUACAUGGAAGCUCCCAUGGCAGGUCCGUCGAGUAGUUUCGGCUUCAAUCCUACUGCUGCCGCACCACAGUACUAUCCACCACCAGUCCAGCCUGAGCCUACAGCCCAUCCCAUGGCACCAGGACUUCAGCGAUCAUUCUCGCUCCCUGUGGGCUUUCAUGGGGCACUUCCUUCACCUCUGAUAGGCAGCUCGGCAGCAAAUCUUCCCCACCGCUGGGUUGAGAAUCCUGAGUGGGCGACAUUUGUUGCCAAAUUUAUUCCAGGCGCGAAGCUUUUCUCACGAAAUAAACUGACAAAGACUCUCAUUCUGCAAGAGCUCGAGCGAGUUUGGGGCUUGGCACAGAAGAACUUGAAGGACUUGAAGGUUGCGGAAGGGACUUUCCAACUGGAUGGCUGGACAGGAGGCAAUUACCAUCACUUCCUAGGGUUUAUGUUCACGGCCGGAUCGAAGGUCUUUGCGGCUAGACUCAAGGAUACAUCGUGCAAAAGGAAGACUGCAGAAAAAUUACUUGCACAUGUGCGGGCCGAGUUUGCUCGUACGGAGGAGACAUGGAACAUCAAACUUGUUGCCCUCGUUUCGGACAACAGCGGCGAGUCGCUAGCGAUGCGGAAGGCCUUGCAACUUGAAAGGCCAGAUCUUAUCAUCAUGCAUGCAAAAUUUCUCGAAGCAUCUGCUGAGGCCGACCAAGUAAUCAGGUGGCUCCGCAGCAAGACCCAAGUCCUUGCAAUACUUCGCAAGGUUCAGGAGGAGCAAGGCGUUUCGUCUCCUCUAACUGUUAUUCGCGCUGUUCUUACUUGCUGGAUCUCUCAUUACCUUGCUUAUCGGUGUCUUCUUGACCUCAAGAACUGGAUCACACAGGUUGUCUCCCAGGAUAGAGGGCGCGUCAAGGCUGGACAAGAGACUGCCAACAUUCUCCAGUCCACAUCGAGUCGACUCGAUCACGUUGCCCUGGUGUUUGGCACAUUGUUUCUUCGAUUUACUAACCUUGCUGAAGACAAGGAUGCUAAUGCCGAUGAAGAAGAGAUCUGCCGGGCUGUAUGCGACAGUCUCAAUAAGCGAUGGCUGGACAGUGAUCAAGACAUCCUUGUAGCAGCGGUCAUCCUUAAUCCACAUACUCGAGCGGCGCCACUUAAGAGCUUCUGGCACGCAGACAUCAUAAUGCUGCUUGCCCGCAUUUGGAAGCGUCUGUUUUCAUCAGAUACUGUCCCGCCCGCGUUCUACAAUGAGGUGAAGGAGUACAUCUCAGACACUGGCACUUACGCAGACAUGCCAAAUCUUGCUGCAUCACUCCGAAACCCCAAUGAUCUAGACCAUUCCGCCGCACCUCUUGAAGUUUGGAAGCUCUUCAUGACAGCCAGUGGCCCGGUCUCUCCUCUGCAGCGGCUUGCCGAACGCAUUUUCUCUGUUUGCCCUAAUGUUGCCCCCGUCGAACGCUUCUUCAGCCUGUUGAAGCGAAUUAUGACCCCCUCCUGCUCACGUCUCACUGGUACAAAUCUCAUGAACUCUGCAGAGCUCAGUCUGCACAUUAUGCAAGAAUACGAGUCUGGCGGCGCUCUGGCAACGCGCCUCCAGUGGCGCGAGCGACACUUCAUCGACUGCGCAGCAGCACCGCCACCUACUAUUACCCCAACUAUACGUGUGCCCAUGGCAAGCGUACCGAUCGCUGCAUCUGUCACGCCACCGUUAGCAGCGGGUUCUGCACUCUCCGGCGCUGCCUCUGUGUCUGGCCCGAGCUUAGUAUUUCAGCCUGGUGCUAGCUCACCUGGCCCCAUCACAGUCCUCAUGACCGGCCAGCCCGAUUGGCUCAACAGGGCAAGCCUCGUCAGAGACGCAGCCCAAUGA